GUCCUGCGUUAGUAUUUCACUGACUGCUGCCUUUAGUGACAUUCAGUACUCUCUGGUCGGCAAGUUCAGAAACAGAAACAGACCCUUAUUGUUUCAGGGUGACCAAGGCUUUCCAGAUGAACCUAAGAAUGGUGGAAAAUCUGAUGUUAGUAAGCAAACAACAGAACUCCAGAUUAAGGAAGGAAGCCAAGUGGUGGCUCUCUUCAGUUAUGAGGCUACCCAACCAGAAGACUUGGAGUUUACAGAAGGGGAUGUGAUCCUGGUCCUAUCAAUGGUGAAUGAAGAAUGGCUGGAAGGAGAGUGCAAUGGGAAGGUCGGCAUUUUCCCUAGAGCUUUUGUUGAAGAACACAGAACUACGGACUUAGAAAGCACUGCCAGAGGCAUCUAGGCUGUUUGUUGUCUCUCAGUCUGCCAAGCUGUGGAAAAGGAAGUACUGUCAUCUGUGAGAUUUAGCAGUAUGCCCUACCAGACUGUUUGGGACUGUUACCUACUUUUCCCUGUUACAAUUUAAGCUACUGUACAACGAUGUCAAACUGUAGGUGAGGAGUACCCUUGGGGGUGGUGUGGAAUAGAGGUAAUGUGGGACUAUCUCGAAGAGGGUGUCUUAGGCUGCUGAUAGUUCUUGCUGUGAGUGCUAAUUACCCAGAUGUCUUCACGUUGUGAAAAUUCACUGAGCUUCACCCUUCUGUGUGUGAUAACUCAAUAAAAAAUAUUA